CGCGUUCAGUCCGCUUUUUGGUCUACACCCGAUUACAUAUAUAUUAUGUUGCAGUAAAGUUGUCCGUCAGUACGCACGGGCUAGUGCAAUUUUACAGUGUGUGUACGCGUUUUCAAAUAAAUGUCAAAUAUUUUCAAGUGUUGCGUGAAAGAAGAGAGCUCAGAGAAGGCUUUUGUGAAGACGGAUUUUGGUAAAAUUGAAACAGAUUUCGGUAAAAUGGAAUCGGAUUUUCAAAAAAUUGAUUCAAAUUUUGGUAAAAUGGUCUUCGCUGAUCAAGUUAACGGUCACGCGUCUUGUCCGUUUAGUAGUGCUAAGAUAUUGACAGUGGAAAAUGAGAAGCAAGUGAAACCGAACCUUCGGUUGAAAGUUCCUCAGCCGAUAAGAUUGAAGAACCAUCUUGUCAGCGAAGAGAAUUUCGAUGUGCUUCACUCACAAAUUGAAGAAGUCAGUUUUAAUACGAAAUGCUCAGCGUCAGUUUGUCAGAAUAGCAUAAUGGACAUUCCAAACAGAGGUGAUACUCCGAGAAAUGUCGAAGAAGUUUAUAAGGAGGCUCAAGCUUUCCUCAAACAAUAUUUUUCUUCAAUACGCAGAGAAAACACUGACUCCCAUAUAAGAAGACUUCAAGAAGUCGAGGAGGAAUUAAAGAGAGGAGACACUUAUCAGCUCAAAACAGCUGAAUUGGUGUUUGGAGCGAAGCUAGCGUGGAGAAAUGCAUCGCGAUGUAUUGGAAGAAUACAGUGGAAAAAGUUACAGAUAUUUGAUUGCAGAGCAGUGACCACUGCCAGUGGAAUGUUCGAAGCGCUCUGCAAUCACAUCAAGUAUGCAACCAACAAAGGGAAUAUAAGGUCAGCGAUAACCAUAUUUCCCCAACGUACGGAUGGCAAACACGAUUACAGGAUAUGGAAUCCACAGCUCAUCAGCUACGCCGGGUAUAUGGAACCAGAUGGAACUGUGUUAGGUGAUCCGGCCAGAGUUGAGUUUACAGAGGUUUGCGUAAAACUCGGAUGGAAGCCGCCUCAUACGGCAUGGGACAUCUUACCAAUUGUCGUAUCAGCUGAUGGUAAAGAUCCUGAAUAUUUUGAUAUUCCUCGAGAAAUAAUAAUGGAAGUUAAAAUGGAACACCCAAAAUAUGAAUGGUUUAAAGAUUUAGGUUUGCAAUGGUAUGCUCUACCAGCUGUUUCCAAUAUGAGACUAGAUUGUGGAGGACUCGAAUUUACCGGAACUGCUUUCAAUGGCUGGUAUAUGGGUACGGAGAUUGGAUGUCGUAAUUUCAGUGACUCUAACAGACUUAAUGUUAUCAAGAGCGUUGCAGUUAAAAUGGGUCUAGACACAGAAUCCUACGUUUCAUUAUGGAAAGACAAAGCGCUAGUAGAAGUGAACAUAGCGGUGCUUCACAGCUUUCACAGAGACAAUGUGUCUAUUGUAGAUCAUCACUCGGCUUCCGAGCAAUUCAUAAAACACAUGGAUAAUGAAAACAAAAGCAGGGGUGGAUGUCCCUCAGAUUGGAUCUGGAUUGUUCCUCCGAUGUCUUCGUCUCUUACGUCAGUGUUUCAUCAAGAAAUGGCUUUGUACUACAUGAGACCGUCAUAUGAUUAUCAAGACCCUGCAUGGAAAACUCACCAAUGGACCAAGAAAGAAGGUGUCAAAACCAGGCAUAGAAAGUUUCAUUUUAAACAAAUCGCUCGAGCCGUCAAGUUUACAUCCAAACUCUUCGGUCAAGCGCUUUCGAAGAGAAUCAAAGCCACCAUCCUUUACGCAACCGAGACGGGGAAAUCUGAACAGUAUGCGAAGGAGUUAGGGACCAUUUUUGGUCACGCAUUCAACGCCCAGGUACACGCUAUGUCAGAAUACGACGUGUUUUCGAUUGAGCACGAGACUCUCCUGUUGAUCGUAACCUCAACAUUUGGCAACGGCGAACCGCCUGCAAACGGCGAGGGAUUUGCUAAACAUUUGUUUCAAAUGCUGUGUAAUGAAAAGAAGGGUUUAGACCAAGUUGACAGUGCUGGAACCAAUAAUAAAGUGCCAACGCCAAAAUCAUUAAUGCGUACAAACAGCGUUAUGACACCAAGCAUGGAAUACAAGAAGCAACUUUCACGAAUGGAGUCUAGAAAUACAAAUGUAAACGACUACAAAAGACAAUUAUCGCGCUUGGAAUCUAAUAAGAGUAAUAUGACUGGGACAUCAGCAGAAAACAUAGGCCCAUUAAGUAACGUUUGUUACGCCGUUUUCGCUCUGGGCUCGAGUGUUUAUCCAAAAUUUUGCCAGUUUGGUAAAACAGUAGACAAAAUUCUAGAAGAUUUGGGAGGUGAAAGACUCUUGGAUCUUACAUGUGGAGAUGAAAUGUGUGGUCAAGAACAGCAAUUUCGUGUUUGGUCUUCCAAUAUAUUUCAUGUAGCUUGCGAAACGUUCUGCAUUGAAGAGAAUGAUAUGGUAAAGGAUGCCAAGAAAGCAUUUGGAAGGAUGCCCCUCACGGAAGAAACUGUUAGGUUUGGUCGAACUGACAAGAAAAGUGACAUGAAAUCUGCUCUUGAACAUAGUUACAAAAAAAAAAUUAUAUCAUGUAAAAUAAAAGAAACAAAACAUCUGGGUGAACAUACUACUGACCGUGCAACAAUUUUUGUUGAUAUGGAAUCUGAAGAUGAACUUAAGUACGAACCGGGUGAUCACGUUGGUAUCAUGGCUUGUAAUCGAACAGAAAUAGUAGAUGCAGUAUUAGCAAGACUAAAAGGUGUCGAUAAUUUUGAUAAAGCAGUACAACUACAAGUAAUGAAAGAGACGCUUACACCUACAGGUGCUGUAAAGACUUGGGAAUGUCACGAGCGUAUGCCAGCUUUGAGUGUCCGUGAAAUUUUCACGCGAUUCCUUGAUAUAACAACACCUCCUUCCACAAAAAUUUUAAAGUAUCUGGCUACAGUUUGUAGCGAUCAGAACGAGGCUGAUUAUUUGAAGGAAUUAAUCGAGGAUUCAAACAAGUAUGAUGAUUGGAGACAUCAUUAUUUCCCUCAUUUAUCAGAGGUAUUUGCUCAAGUGCCUUCAUGUAGACCUCAAGCCUCGUUACUUGCGUCAUUAUUACCGCAACUACAACCUCGUUUCUAUUCAAUAUCAUCUACACCGUUACAGAAUCCUAAAAGAAUUCAUGUAACAGUUUCAGUCGUUAUUUAUAAGACUCAAAAUGGUGAAGGAAAUACUCAUUACGGUGUAUGCUCAACUUACUUACAAAGCUUAAAACCUGAUGAUGAAGUUUUUGCAUUUAUACGAAGAGCCCCUACUUUCCGGAUGCCACAAGAUUUAUCCGUUCCUCUAAUAUUAGUGGGACCUGGAUCUGGUAUAGCUCCAUUCAGAGGCUUCUGGCAUCACAGAAGAUGUCAAAUAAAAGAUUCAAAUUCGAAGAAAGCGGGUCCCAUUUACCUAUUAUUCGGUUGUAGAUACAAGGGUAUGGAUUUAUACAAAGAUGAAAAAGAACAGGCAAUAGCUGAAGGAGUUUUAACAAAGGCUUUGGUAGCACUUUCCAGGGAAGAAGGAGUCAAUAAGAAACACGUCCAGGCCCUCCUUCACGAUGAGGGAGCGCAUGUAACACGCAUGUUAGUAGAAGAAGGAGGACACUUCUAUGUUUGUGGUGAUUGUAAAAUGGCUGAAGAAGUCCAACAAAAACUGAAAGAAGUCAUUAAAACGCAUGCAAAUUUAUCGGAAGAGGAAGUUGAAGAUUUUAUACUCUAUCUAAUGGAUGAAAAUAGAUAUCAUGAAGAUAUCUUCGGCAUAACACUCCGUACUUCAAUAGUUCACAAAGCUUCGAGAGAAACAGCGAAAAGGACUCGUCUUGAGUCUGGAUCAUAAUUAAUUAAAAAAUCGAGUUAAAAUAAUUUCGUUUUAAUAUUUAGAUAUAUCUUAAAAUUAUUAAAGCUAGUUCUUAAA